CUUUAUUUCCUGUUUGUUUCAAUGAUCACGAUGUCAGUUUAGAGGUGCUGCUUUCCAGCGGACAGCGAAGGGAGUUUAGAUGAAGUUAAUUCGCACCUUUCAUUAUUCAGCAACCUGAUUUCGGGCUCGGUGUAAUCAAAAUGGCGCUGGUGCAGAUAAAGGACGGGGAGUAUACAGCGAGCAUAUACAAACUGAUUCGAGAUGGAAGAUAUGGAGAAGCCAUUCACAUACUCAGUAAUGAACUUCAGAAACAUUCAAAAUCCCGGGCAGCACUCUCUCUCCUGGGUUACUGCUACUUUCAGAUGCAAGAUUUUUCCAAUGCUGCAGACUGCUAUGAACAAUUGAUGCAGAUUCACCCAGAGGUAGAUGACUACAAACUCUACCAUGCACAAUCCCUUUACAAGGCCUGCAUGUAUGUAGAGGCUAUGAAAGCGACCUUUCUUAUAGAUAAUCCAUCUUAUCAAACUAAGGUGUUAAAAUUACAAGCUGCAAUUAAAUAUGGAGAAGAAGACCUUUCAGGAGCAAAGGGUCUGGUAGAGCAGCAGCCUACGGAUGAUCCAGACACUGAGAUAAAUCUAGGAUGUUUGCUGUACAAAGAAGGACACUAUGAAGAGGCCUGCAAGAAAUUUACCACGGCUAUGCAGGUUGUGGGCUAUAAACCAGAUUUGACCUACAACAUUGCCCUCUGUUAUUACAGCAUGAAACAGUAUGCACCUGCUUUAAAGUACAUUGCAGAAAUAAUAGAGCGUGGAAUUAGGGAACAUCCAGAGCUCAGUGUUGGUAUGACAACUGAAGGGAUUGAUGUGAGAAGUGUUGGAAACACACUAGUGCUCCAUGAAACUGCAUUGAUUGAAGCUUUUAAUCUUAAAGCAGCCAUUGAAUACCAACUGAAGAACUAUGAAGCAGCACAAGAAGCAUUGACAGAUAUGCCACCACGAUCUGAAGAGGAACUUGACCCAGUCACUCUUCAUAACCAAGCAUUAAUGAACAUGGACUCCAAGCCAACUGAAGGAUUUGAAAAACUACAGUUCUUACUUCAGCAGAACCCCUUCCCACCAGAAACCUUUGGCAACCUGCUUCUUCUCUACUGCAGAUAUGAAUAUUUUGACUUGGCUGCUGAUGUUUUGGCAGAAAAUGCUCAUCUCACUUACAAGUUCCUCACACCGUACUUGUAUGAGUUCUUGGAUGCCAUGAUAACCUGCCAGACAGCACCAGAAGAGGCAUUCAGGAAGUUUGACGAGAUGGCAGGUAAACUCACUGAGCAGUUACGGAAAUUGACUAAACAGGUACAGGAAGCGAGACAUAAUCGAGAUGAUGAAGCUGUGAAAAAGGCAGUAAAUGAGUACGAUGAAGCACUUGAGAAGUAUAUUCCAGUGCUUAUGGCUCAGGCCAGAAUCUACUGGAACUUGGAAAACUACCAAAUGGUUGAGAAGAUCUUCCGAAAGUCAGUGGAGUUCUGCAAUGAGCAUGAUGUUUGGAAAUUGAAUGUUGCCCAUGUUCUCUUUAUGCAAGAGAACAAGUAUAAAGAGGCAAUAGGCUUCUAUGAACCAAUUGUGAAAAAGCAUUACGACAAUGAUUUGUACUUGAACAUGGCAAAAUUGCAGAUCUUGAAUGUGAGUGCCAUUGUCCUUGCAAAUCUCUGUGUUUCCUAUAUCAUGACCAGUCAAAACGAAGAGGCAGAGGAACUAAUGAGGAAGAUUGAAAAGGAAGAGGAGCAACUGGCAUACGAUGACCCAGACAAAAAAAUUUAUCACCUCUGCAUUGUUAACCUUGUCAUAGGGACCUUAUACUGUGCUAAAGGAAAUUAUGAAUUUGGCAUUUCAAGAGUGAUAAAGAGCUUGGAGCCAUACAAUAAAAAGCUUGGAACAGAUACCUGGUAUUAUGCAAAACGGUGCUUCUUAUCUUUACUGGAAAAUAUGGCAAAACACAUGAUUAUGCUGAGGGACGCUGUUAUCCAGGAAUGUAUUCAGUUCUUAGAACAUUGUGAAAUUUAUGGCAAGAAUGUAUUAGCAGUAAUUGAACAGCCCUUAGAGGAACAGAAACUACACACAGGAAAGAAUACAGUUACAUACCAGGCACGGCUGCUAAAGUCACUGAUUUAUGAGAUCAUCGGCUGGAAUAACUAACAAGUAUUUUGUUUCAAACAAGGUUGACCUUGCUAUAGAUUAUUUUACAUUUCAACUUGCUCAAAGUCAAAUAUGAUUUUAGAAAACCUUUGAUGUCUUAAUUUUUUUGCAAUGAAAUAUUAAAAUAUUGGCUGUAUAAAUUCAGACAUUACAUAAUUUGUUUUAUGUACCAAUUCCACAAAUAAAAUUACAAUAUGACCUAUCUUGUUAGGAAACUCUCAUGGGAGGAAAGUUACAUUCUAAAUCUUAUUCGUGACUUAAUCACUUGUCAAUCCGAGUGCACUAGAGAACAAGGAAGUUUUCAGUAACAUUUUGUCCAACUCUUAGAAAAAUUACUUGUUCAGUCUUGUAUCUGUUUUUAUGGUUGCAUGUAUUUUUGGAACAAAAGGAGUUUAGGCUAUGAUUUAAUGUACUUUUGUUAGCACACUUUGUCCUGAAGAACCUGUCUUUGAAAAGGCUUUGAAAUUCACUUCAUAUUUUACUGAAUAAACUGGACAAUGAAAACUA